AUGUCGAAUAGACCAAAUAGUAGGGAUAAUGACGAUAUUUUAAAGUCAUUAUCGUGCGAAGAUCAAUCAAAUUAUAUGUCCAUAAUAGAAAACGGUUAUGAAAGUGAUGGCAGGUCGGUUUCGAGUUCUGACUUCCUGGCUACGAAUUUUUCAACACUUGGUGAUGAUGAUGAUGAUGAUGAUAAUAACGAGGAUGGAUUUGUGUCUGUUGGGGAAGAAGUUUCUUAUAUACUAAUAAAUUCACUGCCUCUUGCCUUAGCAUUUUUAAUGGAGUAUUUGAUGACCGUUAUUUCUUUGUUCAUUAUUGGCCACUUAUGCACAGCAAAUGAAUUGGCAAGUGCUUCUUUGGCUGUGACUACUUAUAAUAUUACUGGGUUAUCUGUUGUCGAAGGGUUAGCAACAUCAUUGGAUACAUUCUGUUCACAGGCAUACGGAGCUCAGAAAUAUAGCAAAGUAGGUCUUUAUUUCCUCCGGUGUUCAGCUAUGAUCAUGGUUUUUUCGGUUUCAACCGUUAUUGUGUGGUGGUUUAGUGCACCUUGGUUGGGCAUAUUAGUUCCUGAACGUGAUUUAUUACCAAAGGUCCAAUUAUACUUACGAAUUAUGUCUAUGGGCAUCCCAGGGUUAAUCCUUUUUGAGACAGGUAAAAGAUUCCUGCAAGCACAGGGGCACUUCAAAGCUAGCACAUAUGUUUUAAGUAUUAUUGUUCCAAUUAAUGUAACUUUGGUUUUCAUCUUUACAAAACAUUUUGGAUUUGCAGGUGCUCCAAUAGGUAUCGUCAUCUCUCAGUGGCUUAUGCCGUUAGCCCUAUUCUUAUAUUCUUAUUACAUUAUACCUGAUACAAAAAAGUGUUGGUAUCCUUUGACAGAUACAUGGUUUCAUUUUAAACGUGUUUUAUCAGAUUGGAAACCCUUGUUGAAUUUGGCAUUUCCUGGUUUGGUUAUGAUAGAGGCCGAAUAUUUGUCGUUUGAAAUUCUAACUAUCAUGUCUACUUAUUUUGGUGUAAAAGGCAUUGCCACACAGACGGUUAUUACCAAUGUGGGCUCCAUUGCCUACCAAAUCCCAUUUGCCAUGGGUUGUGUUGUCUCAACAAGAGUUGCAAAUUAUGUUGGACUGAAUAUGGUUAAGAAUGCACAGACUACUACCAAGGCUUGUUAUUGCGUUGGACUGCUGGUCGGCAUUGCCAGCUGUAUCGUAAUCGCUCUGUUUAACAAACCUCUUGCAAAACUAUUCACUAAUGAUGAAGAAGUGAUUAAAUUAGCCUGUUAUGUGUUAUACAUUCUUGCUAUAAAUCAAAUAUCUGACUCAUUCGCUGUAUUCAGCUCUGCAGUUUUGCGAGGCCAAGGUAGGCAUCGCAUUGGCGGUAUGUGGAACAUUAUUGUCUAUUAUUUUUUCUCAUCACCACUGAGUGGUUGGUUAGCAUUUGGUCCAUUGCAUUUGGAAGUUGCAGGUUUAUGGUAUGGGUGUGGUAUCGGUAUCUUUACUUUGGCGGUCAUAUUUACUAGGUACGUUUAUAAAAGUGACUGGAACGUAAUAGUUGAUGAAUUUCUCAAAAGAGAAGCGGAGGAAUACGAAGUCGAUCUGGAAAGUAUGACAAGUUCCAAUGCAAGCAUAGGUGUUUACAGUCGGUAG